ACCUGUUAUUUGCUAAUGCCUUUCAACAUGCCAAAUUUUAGUUAAUAUUUUGUUUGCUUGAUAACCCUGCUUAAUAAAAUACGGGUAUGCUUUUAGAUUUUCCCAUGAAUGCCUUCUAAACUUUUCACCUGUCAGGUUUUGAAUCCGCCCGCAGUGACUCUGUAGAGAGUUAUGAACCUCGGCAAGAGCUUGCUAGGAAGUUAUCCUUCAGCUCAGCAAGUUUUGCCACUUAAACAUCCAUUGAUCAGUACAAGGAGGAAAAACAAGCUCAGUAUUCGCUCUUCUGCAGAGUGUACAGGCACAAAAACUGAGCUCCUCAGCUCGAAAAUGAAGACCUACAGGCUCUCAGAUCUGCAGUCUUCAGAGCUUCAUGAUCUCAAGGCUCGCCCUCGUAUCGACUUUACUUCAAUUUUUGGCGUGGUUAGCCCCAUUGUUGAGGAUGUUCGAAAAAGAGGGGAUGCUGCUGUUAGAGAGUUUACUACCAAAUUUGACGGUGUUAAAUUGGAGAAGAUCGUGGAAUGUAUUACCGACCUGCCAGAUCCAGAGCUUGACCCAGCCAUACAAGAAGCAUUUGACGUAGCUUAUGAAAAUAUAUGGGCCUUCCAUGAUGCUCAACGGAUUCCUGAACAAGUUGUUGAGAACAUGAAAGGAGUAAAGUGUAAACGAGUUGCUAGGAGUAUACAUGCAGUGGGCCUUUAUGUGCCAGGUGGAACUGCAGUUCUACCCUCAACAGCUUUAAUGCUGGCCGUGCCUGCAAAGCUUGCUGGCUGUAGAACUAUUGUACUGGCAACUCCUCCAAGACCUGAUGGUUCUAUUUGCAAGGAAGUGCUUUAUUGUGCAAAGAAAUCAGGUGUCACUCACAUACUAAAAGCUGGUGGUGCACAGGCAAUUUCGGCCAUGGGCUGGGGUACUGCUUCAUGUCCAAAGGUGGAGAAAAUUUUUGGCCCUGGAAACCAAUACGUGACAGCUGCGAAGAUGAUUUUACAGAACAGUGAAGCGAUGAUUUCCAUUGACAUGCCUGCAGGACCAUCAGAGGUUCUUGUAAUUGCUGACAACCUUGCAAGUCCCGUUCAUGUAGCUGCAGAUUUACUCUCCCAGGCAGAACAUGGGCCUGAUAGUCAGGUGGUUCUCAUUGUUGUUGGAGAAGGUGUGAAUCUGGAUGCAAUUGAAAUGGAACUGGAGCAGCAAUGCAGUAAACUUCCGCGUGGGGAAUUUGCUGCCAAGGCACUAGCUCAUAGCUUUACUGUUAUUGCUAGAGACAUGAGAGAGGCAAUUUCAUUCUCUAAUCUAUAUGCACCCGAACAUUUAAUUAUAAACGUGGAAGAUGCAGAUGAGUGGGUGGGUGACAUUGAGAAUGCAGGUUCUGUAUUCUUGGGAAGGUGGAGCCCUGAGAGCGUUGGGGAUUAUGCAAGCGGUACAAAUCAUGUCCUUCCUACUUAUGGAUAUGCAAGAAUGUAUGGUGGUGUUUCAUUGGACUCUUUUCUGAAGUAUGUUACUGUCCAAUCCUUGACGGAGGAUGGACUUAAAAAUCUUGGUCCAUAUGUUGUUAAGAUGGCCGAGGUAGAAGGUUUAGAGGCUCAUAAGAGAGCAGUGACAUUGCGGUUGCAAGAUAUUGAGAGACGGUCAUCAUCAUGAGUGUUCAACAUGAUCUCAGGCAUAUCCAUUCUCAGCCUGUAGUUCAGAAGUUUUUACUAAAUUUUCUGUAUUAUGAUUUAAGUACUGCAUUGGUAGAACGUAAAGCUUUAAGGAAUGUCUUAUCUGGUCGACAGUGUCAAAUUUUUUUCUUUAAAAUUGAAGUUUUGAAAAAUAUACCGGCCAAUUUCAUUACCAGUGUUAUGACUCCAAAAACAUUCUGCUUUUUCUUCAGUGGAUCUUUCUGACAAUUCUCUUAUAUCUUGAACGUUAUAUUAUGCCAGUGUAAACCAAUUACAAAUGAAGUGAAACGUCCCAUUGUACAUGAAAGGGGCUCCGCUAUACUGAAGAGGCUUCUUGGUGAGGCCGCUACCCUUCUCUUGUGAUUGAUUCCAAUUUUAAUACACAAGAAGGAACUCAAAGUUGGAUUAGAUAGAUAAUGCCAAUUUAUUAUUUCUA